AUGACUGUUUUUCCUCAGGACGCCUUCCACACUCAGGUUAACCCGGAGUGCAGUCCCGCCUCUGUUGCGGUCUCGUUCACCUCGGAGGAGGCAGGCGUGGGUCUCAUCGCGAGCCAAACUUUUGCUCUGAGCGACGAUGUCAUUGAGCGUUCCUUCGGAAACACCAUCGCCGGCGAAGACAUUGACAAGGUGCGAGAUGCUAUUCCCAAUGGAAUGGCUAUCAAGGUGGAAGAGUGCUUGAAGAAGUGCGGCAUUCAGAAGCGUGCUGCUUAG